GUGCUGUGGCAAACAGCCAGUCGUGAAGAGGCUUCUUCUCUUUCCGCUAGGGGCGAAGCAGCUCUCCUUGUCUUGCCCCCCUUCCCAAAUCUGCUCGCCGUCUCUGCAGCUCUUCCACUUUCAACGUUGACGCGCGGAAGAAAAUUGUCCGCUUUUUUCCUCGCCGUGUUCACAUUUUUCGAGGUCUUCACCCGCCUCAAACAAGUGAAACAGACCCGAGCCUUUUCGUCAUGGCGCUGCAGGGAAGGAACGCGAUCUUUUCCUCGUCUCGUCCUGUAUCCGUCUCCAGCUAAACUCUCCGCUUUUUGUCUCUAUUCUGCGUCUGCUUCUCUUCACCACACCUCUGUGUCUCUCGUCACUUCUCAAUUGCUCUCUCGUCCAAAACUCCCUCUACUGCCGCCAUGUCUCCCUCAACUUCUGCCUCUACUUCCUCUCCUUCUUCCUCUUUCUCUCCUUCCUCUUCCUCUCCUUCUUCUUCCGUUUCUGGAGCACAGCACCCAGUCACAAGGUCUUCUUGUGUGUCGACAAUCAGACAGGAAGUGAAGGCGUUCGAGGUCGCACUUGUCGCCUUCCUCAGAGCUUCGGCCUCGGCUGUUACCGCUGGCUCGCGUCUCCUGGCUGCUCGUCGCCAAACCCCACAACCUACAGAGGCACCUCAGGCAGAGCGUCCUUCCUCUUCUUCCUCCCCGCCGCCAUCUUCUUCUCCUGCUCUCCACGUUUCGCUUUCAGGAGGCACUGCUCGCAGCGCAGUGGCGGUAGCUGUGGGUGAGGGCGAAAAGCUGCUUGCCGCCUCUCAGACUUUGUUGCACUCUCUCUGUCUCCUUUCUCCCUCUGCUCCUUGGAUCGAUGAAGCGCGCGAGAGGGAGGAGCCGCGAGCGGCGGCGGCGCCGUCGACAAGCGAGGAAGCGAAACGAGGAAUCGGCUUGCAGAUAGAAAAGCCUGUCGUGAAGCUCGCUGCUAAAAAACUGGCUGCGAGUUUCCUUUCGCUUCACGAGCUGGCGAUGCAGCUGGUCUCCUUCCUCGAGCGAUUCGAAGCGAGGCAUCCCGCGUCUUCUUCGCCUUCUUCAGAAAUCGACGCACGAGCGUUUCGGCCGCUUGUGGAAGUUCUUUUCCCCGUCUUCGCCACACUCCUGCUCUCCUGCCAACGUCUCCACGAGGUGUACAGACAGCGGCGCUGCCCCAAGGAGGCCGAUGCCGCUUCUUCUUUCCUUUCGUUCCUCUUUGGCGGGGCACUUGUCCCGGCCGUUCGUUUUCUCUCUCUUGCAUCUGUGCAAACGAGCAGCGGAUGUCUUCGUGAGAUUCUCGCUUUCCUCCGUCUCACCCUCUCUCAUGCCUGGCCUCUCCACCUUCUCGCGCACAUCGACGCCGCUGUCAUUGCUUCUCUACCGUCCGGCUCCUCUCCUUAUUCUCCCUCUUCUUCUCCCUGUUCGGCCGCCCCUUCUCUCUCUCCUGAGUCUUCUUCUUCCUUGUCUUCGUCGUCGGGUUCCGGCGACGGAGGCUCUUCCCCCCCCCGUGGCGGUUUUCUGGAGUCGUCUUCUGUUCGUCUCUCGCAGCUCGCGGCUUCCUGUUUCCUUCAGGCGAUUCCGCGCGUGCGUGGAGAACUGCCCUGCGCCGUCGUCCUCGGGAUCGCUCUCCACGAGCUUUUGCAGCUUCUUCGCGCGUCGGCUGCACUCGAUGGGGAAGCGCUGCUCCUCGUGCUCCAGUGUCUGUACACCUCAGCAGACAUCCUGGAUCUCCCGCUCUCUCUCGCCGUCUCGCCGCCGGGAGGGCACCAUGCCUCUUCUGCGACCGCUCCCGGCUCGCCCCACUCUCUUCCCUCGCUGUUUCUCUGCUCUGUUGGUGGGCCUCGGCACCCAGCACAAGUCGCGGAGAGCGAGGAAAGCCGGCUCUGGACCCGCGCGCUGACCAUACAGUUGUACCCCGGUGUCGUCACCGCGGUGUCGACCUUCCUGCUGUCUGCCAGCGGUCAGCGUCCUCGCGCGCUCGCGCUGGCUCUCCUCGUCCUCGCACGGUGGAUUUCGGCCCUCUUCAGAGCUGGUUCGCCACGCCCUCAGCAGCCGCUCUCUGUCUUGCCUCACCCGUCGACCUCUCCUCGCUCUUCACCGGAGUCUCCAGGCGCAAGUACUUCAUCGUCUUUCCCUUCGCUCUUUGUUUCGAGCGGUGAGGAGAGGCGCGAGGCUCAGGAGCACCUGGACUGGCUGCGAGGCUUGACGAAGGACGCCCCUGGGACGCUGCGUCGACCAAGAGACGCCCACGGUGCGGAGCUCGGCGAGGAACAUGGCGAGGCCGAAUCCCCCGCGAACAACGCGCAGGCACACGCGCGACAGACGGACAAAGUCUCCGGGUUUCCACUCCUGGCCCAGCUUCAACAGGAAGCUGAGGAAAGGCGGAAAACGCAAACACAGACGCCUUCAGAAGCAGAGAAACGCUUGGAAACGCUCCUGCGAGAAGCCGCGAGACACACCUCCGAGAAACUGCUUAGCCUCUUGGGGCCGCUGUCUCCGCUGCCUGUCAGCGACUGGCGCGUCCGACUCGCCCGGCUUUGUCUCGCUGCGAGUCUGGUCGGAGGGUGUCGAGAGAUCCUCACCACCACGAGUGUCUCUGCGGCAACCGAUGUGCUGCUGCAGUCUUUCGCAGAUGACCAGGAAGAUCUGGCGAAGCAUGCGCGAGCUGCGUUGACGCAUAACCGUUUGUCGCUUCCUUUUGCUUUCGACCAUGCGCCUCUCUCCUCGUAUUCUUCUUCCUCGGCGUUCCACGCGUCUCCACCUCCCGAUCGAUGGCUCUGCGACCUUCUGUGCCCGCACCCCUCCGACGCGCGCGCGUCCCAGUCCGGCCCUCUCUGUUCUUCCUCUUUCCUCUACUCAACCGCGUCUCCGCUGUCGUCCUCCUCAUAUCUGGCUUCCUCUGCAUCGCCUGCCGCUCCUCACUCUGCUCUCUCUUCCUCCUCUGUGGCUUCUUACGCUGUCGGCUGGGGUGUGUGUGCUCCGAGUUUGCCGCCUGCAGUUGCUGACGAGGAGAUUCUGGGGGGCUUGAAACUGCGAUUUAUUUCCUGUCUGGAGGCUGCAGCUUCGGCGGCGCUCGCGGUGUCUUCGCCCUCGUCGUCGUCUACCAUGCCCGACUGCUCUCCUUCGUUCAGUCCCGCCACGCGUCUUCGUCGCCAGCAGAUCCUUCAAACGGAGUUGAAGAAGGUCGGCGGCUACCUGCGACUCAUGGCGGCUUCGUCAUCCCCUUCUUCGCCGUGCUCCACUCCCCGCAGAGGGCGACAGCCUGCUCCAGAGCCACUACCGGAAGGCCUCUACGACAGGCCAGCUUUCGGCCCCUUUGGCCUCGAGAACGAAGCGAUUUCUGAGGAGGAAAGGACUGGCUUUCGACCCAACCUCCACGCAUGGCUCCUCCCUUCAGAGCGCCUCCUGUGGAGCGUUCUGAAACUCGCUCUGGCCCAACCGGCAAUUCUGUCGCAACGCAUGCAGCACCACGGCCUCGUGGAGUCACGGGCCUUCUUUCGCUGUGGUGACGAGGCUGCUACGACCUCGGUAACGAGCUCAAGAGAGAACGGAGAAAAGGAGACGCUUCUUCUUCUGCCUCUCCAGCUUCGCGCGCUCCAGGAAGACCCGCUCUCGUGUCGGCUUUUGCCAAGGGCUGGCCGCAGACGCCUGCAGCGGGAAACAACUGUGAAGACGCCGCCCGCAGGAGGAGAACAAGAGAGCGAAGACGGGCGUCCAAUGCAGCGUUACACUGGACGAUCGGGAACCACGGAUUUCACCCCGGGUCACUCUGACAUUCCUUUGUGUCCAGGCUGCAGGCACUUUCAACUCUCCCAACGCCGUCGUUCCAUCUGUCGCUGUUACUCCUCUUCCUCUUCCUCUCCUUCUCAGUCCGCUUGUUCGCAUGCGUGUCGCGAGUCAGAGUGGAGUUCUGCCUGUGCUCCGGACGAGGCCUGCGACCAGCCGCGAGAAGAAGAUUUUGACGCGCAACUCGUUUCUCCGUCUUUCCAGGGCGCCGGGGGAGACGAAGCGUUGGGGGGGCUGCUUCGCCAGACGCUGGAGGCUCUCUUCGCGGUGCUGCCAGCGCCAUCGCGCUCAGCGCUCUUCUCGGAUCUGCUGUCCUUCCUUUCUUCUUCGCCGGAGUCGAUCGAGGCUGCCUGCUCUGUCCCUCCAGCUCCCGCAGACGCGCAACCUCUUCAGAAAUCGAAGCACCUUUCCACCAGUUCUCCAACUUCCGAAACGCAAACAGGACCCGCUCUUCCGGCCUGGCUCAGACGCGCCUCCUCUCAAACGACGCAGAGUCGCCACCUCGCAUCUGCCGAUGCACGCUCAUCUCCAUCUUCUUUCUCUGCCUCGUCUUCAACCUCGUCUUCUGCAUGUGCUUCACCUUUGUCUUCGUCUAGUGCUCGUCAGACCUUUUCGUCUUCUCUGUCUGGGUCUGUCUCUCCACCUUCGUCCGUGGGCAGGUCCUCUGCGUCUCCGUUUUUUCAGGAGGACUUCGUGGACGCGACGGCCCGAGUGUCGCCGCUCUCCCGCUCGCCUCUCGGCCUGCUCCUGCUGCUGCGCUGUGCGAGUCUCUCUGCUCUCUCGGCCGCUCUGCGCGCGGCCCUGCUCUCGCUGAGCCACUCCUCUGUCGAGCGAAGAAGGCAGACAGGCGGCAAGCAGCGCCAACGUGCUCGAGAAUGCGCGAGGGCGAACAGCCCAGAGACGCGUUCCCAAGGCGAAGCCGGAGACGGCGAGUCGGAGACUGCAUCCGAUGCCCGCGGCUGCAUGCGACGCGCGGGCCACCAAGCGCAGCCCGCAACGGCUGUCGCCUGUCCGCUCUUCUGGUGUACGUACACCGGGGUCGGGGGCCAACUUGGGCGCGAGGAGGGGCAGGCGCCCGGGCCUGUUUUUGGGGAGACGCAGGAGUCUGCGCUGAAGCACAAGAACGGGGAAGAAGGCGACGACGCGAACGCGUUCUUUUGCGUGAGCAAUGUCGAGUUUCUCAUCGACCUUCUUCUCGACGCGAAUGCCGUGGUGGCGGGAGAGGCGCAGGCAGACAGCCUGACACGCGCACUGGCGUCAGACGUCAGCGAGGCGGUGGAGGAAGAAGGCGAAGGUGCCUUCCAACAUGAAACAAAAGGCGCCGAAGGAAAGCCACAAACCCCAACAGGCGACCGAGGCGGACCCGCAGCACAGAUAGAGGAACGAUCCGCUGCGGAGUCGAAGAGAGAAGAGCGCCAGGCAGGAACAGACGCGACGAAGACCCUAGCUGCCGAGUCCGUUCUCCUCGGCGCAGACAACUCUGGCGUAACCGUGAGACAGCGGCAAGGCAUCCGCGGACGCGCGCACUCCCCGGAAACAGUUGUCUGUCCUCAAACUGAAGACCAGGAGGGAAAUACCAGAGAGAAAAGCGAACGUGGAACAGGACAAGACGAGGGCGGGCAGGGCGAGCAAGAGAAUAAAGCCCGAGGUUCAAGUCUUUCUGCGAACCGAAACAGAGAAGAGAGGGAACGGGAGGCGACGCUGCGCCGCGGGCGCGAGCGACAACAGCGCAGACGAUCAGCCGCGGCCGCCAUCUUUCCUCUUGCUCGCGCCCUCGUGAGUUUCUACCGGAUUCUUCUUCUCAGGUGUCUCGACCUCGCGCUGCAGCUGUUGGGCGACCUUGGCGAGCAUGCACGCGUCGCGAAGCUUCUACCCUUCCUCCUCUUCCCGCUGUACAGACACCUUGGCAGCCACUCCAGUCGCGCUGUCGCAGCCGCUGCGUACUUUGCGCUUCUUUCUCUCCACAGCGCCCUAACCACGUCGGAAAAUACACCCGUUUCUCCCCCACCGGCCUCCUUCCCUCGCGUUUCGCCCAGUCGUCCCUUCGCUUCCUCGUUCUCUUCUUCUCCUUCGUCUUCGCUUGCUUUCUCGUCUUCUCCGGCGACUUCACCUCUGGGGUGCCUUUUGUCUGUGCACGGCGACCUGUUGUUGGAUGCCGUGGCGGACUGUCUGCAUCGUCCCCCUUCGUCCGUUGCCUCUUCUGGCUGCCGCGCUGCGCUCGCUGUCCCCGCCGCCCUGAUCGCCUCCUCCGGCGGUCCUGCGCCCCGCGGCUUUGCUCCCUUUCUCGCAGCUGUCACCGCCGCUUCCGUCGGGCCGCCCAGGUUGGCCGAGAGCGACGUGGCUGCGCUGCUCCUAGCGCUCGUCGCGUUUGCGCCUCCCGCGAUGCUUCCUGCGCUCUCCGACCUCGUCGAGCUCCUCUUGCAGAGACAGUCGCAACUGAAGCAGGCCCAGCUGCAGAGCGUCCUCGCCCGCCUCUCUCCGGCAGUGCUCGGUCCAUCGCAGGGCGUUCGCUUCGCCAUUGAGUCUCGCGCGACGAAGGCGCUUCAAACCACCCUUGUGCACGAAGGCGGCGGCUUCGAAUGCCUGGAGAGAGAAGAAGGGGAGACGCCGCUGUGGCUGUUGAGAGUUCUCGCAGCUCUCAGUUUCCUCCUGACGAGACGGGUGGCCGAUGACCGAUGCCACAGAAGACGAAAUCGGAGAGCGCGGCGCGGACGAGAAAGAGCAGCGAGAGGAACAGCAGGAGAGACAGAGGGAGGGGCACAAAUCCUGGAGCGCGGCGCCGACCUGCCGUGUGGGCGCUCGCAUGCCUCGCCUCCCGUUCAGGAGGAUGUACACCCCGGGGCGGCGUCGAGGUUUGCGGAGCUUCCGGCCCGGUUUCCCCCGCCCUUUGCGUGGCUGCUGAGUCCCGCGCGACUUCUCCGGGAGAGAGAAAAAGAGCAGCUUCUCUCCGGACGGCGGACGAAGGGCCUUUUGGAGUGCGGAGUGAAGGACGAAGAGGAAGAGGGAGCUGCGACGCGGCCUGUCAGUGAGGCGUCCGCGUCGUCAGAGGACGAGGCAGAGGAAGACACGCACGAAGCAGACAUGCCAUUGUGGGGCUUCGAUGAGGACCUCGCAGUCGACCUUGAAGAUGAGGAAGCUGGGGUCGACCGUGGAAACGACGCACUCGCCACGUUCACAGAAGCUGAAGGGAAGGCGCAGGGCGGAGAGGUCGACGAGGACCUUUUUCUCGAGGAGAUGAAGCGCGUUGCUGCUACCGGGAGCGACGGCGACGUCCGCGGCGUCUUGGAAAAGUGGAAGCACAAGCUCCUCGCUGAACAACAGAGAGCGAAGACGCGAAAGGAGGAGACGGGGAAACACGCAAACGUGUUAAAACCGAGAAAAACCUGGGCUCAGCUGGGUCGAUACGGAAGUCUCAGACUACAUGCGACGCGCAUCCUCAUGCGCGUUCGCCUCCUCCUCCACACCGACCCCCGCCCCACUGCUGGGGUGUACAUACACCUCACGGCGCUUCGGUGUAUCUACGUCCUCACAACCCGGAAGCGGGAACUCCUUCCACGCAUCCACGAGAUCUGGCCCUCGCUACUGCCUUCGCUCGGCCCUUCCGCGCCGCCGCCGGUCCUCGUCAUCACGCUGGCUAUCAUCCAACUGAUGGCGGCAUGCGCUGGGAGUUUUGUGAGAGAAAGAUUCGCCUCGGAUGUUCUUCCACCUCUCCUCCUCCGCCUUCGUCGCACCUCCCAGCCGGCAGGGUCUCGUGAGGAGGCAAGUCGCACCGAAGCAUUUAAACUUGGACACGCGUGGCUGUCGCUUCUUCUUCUCCUCGCGACCCCUUCGAAUCCGGAAUCUUUUCUCUACUCGGUCUUGGGAGAAGUUUUAUUUUCUGCAUGCUUCCAUCUGCACCGAGACGCUGCGUCGUGUCUCCGAGCGCAGGCUUGUCGCCUCCUCCGUCGCCUGAACUGUAUCGACCCGCAAGUUCCUCUCUUUGUCAUAUCCACUCUCACCGAAGUUGCCUCCCGCCUCCAGACCUCGCCAACCGCUUCGUCUCUCUCUUCUUCUUCUACUUCAACGUCUUCUCUCUGUUCCUCUUCUCCUUCCUCGUCUUCUUUCGCUUCUUCUGUCUCUUCUGCUACCUGCUCUUCUCUUAUUUCGAUGUCUUCCGAUCGCUUGCUGCGCCUGGUCAGCUUCUCCACAUAUCGUCGAAACCUGGUGUCUGUCGAGACCUGGCGGCGCGUGGCGGAGGCCGCGAGUCUCAGCGUCUUGGUUGAGCUCCGAGACGAAAUGCAGCGCGACCAGAAACUCCACUUUCUCUCAAGUGCGUUCGCAAGCCGCGUCACCGACUCUGCCGGCGCGCAGCAGCCUACGGCAGAGGCGGCGGGAGCCUCCUAUGAGGGCCGACACGACGGCGACGAGACAGGGCAGAGAGAGGUUGAGGAACUCGAGGUGCUGACCGCAGAAGCCCUGCAAACCCCAGCCGCUGCAUGCAGCGCCGAAGGGAUGGAAUCUUCAGAGGGCAAACGAAGAGUCCGAAGAAGACGAAACGAAGCCGGAUGGGCUCAACGCUCGCUGCUCUCCGUUCCCUACGGGCCUCUCGGCGAAGGCUUCUUGCAGAUGCAAGCAGACCAAGAAGAAAAGAAAGAAAUCCACAACAUACGCGAGAGAUGCAAAAGGGCCAUUUAG